UGAUCCAAUCAGAGUGAACGCUUCUCCAGAGAGUGAUAACGUUGAGCUACUGUAACUGUACUGUCAGAAAACAACGGCAUAAGGCUAACGUUUACCUAUUUUUGUAACCAGCUCAGCGUUAUUUAUCAUGUAUCUUAUUGCUGCCUGGUAUGUUUCCGGCAGUUCAGUAGAUGUCCACCCCUUCAGACACAUCAGGUGGUAUGUCCCAUCCUGGCCCUUCUCCGGGGGCAGGUCUAUCCCCAGGGCCCAUCCUGGGCCCCAGCCCUGGACCGGACCCCUCACCAGGCUCUGUUCACAGUAUGAUGGGACCCAGUCCUGGACCUGGUACACCCAACGCUCCUCAUGGCAUGCAGGGCCAGGGACAAAGUGACUACUCUCAGGACAGCAUGUACCCUAUGCACAAGACCAUGGAAGGGAUGAACGAGAAGGCCAUGGCGGAUGCAAUGCACUUUGGUCACAUGAAAGGUGUAGGGAUGAGAUCUCUGCACAGCGGUAUGGGGCCUCCACAGAGUCCGAUGGACCAGCACAGCCAAGGAUACAUGUCCCCCCAUCCAUCCCCCAUGGGUGUCCAUGAGCAUGCUUCCAGUCCCAUGUCAGGAGGUGGAGGCGGUGGGGGACCCACGCCGCCCCACAUGCCUCCCUCCCAGUCAGGCCCUAUGAUGCCCAUGGAUCCACAGUCAGGGGUGCCCAACAUGUCCAACAUGAGCCAGCAGGGGCGGGGACCUUCUGCUUUCAGUCCGGUCCAGCUGCAGCAGCUCAGAGCUCAGAUCCUAGCCUACAAGAUCCUGGGCCGUGGGCAACCACUGCCUGAAAACCUCCAGCUGGCUGUUCAGGGCAAGAGGAGCCUACCCACAAUGCAGCAGCAGCAGCAACAACAACAACAACAGCAGCAGCAACAGCAGCAGCAGCAGCAGCAGCAGGCACCUAGUGUUAGUCCUUACAACAGGCCUCCAGGUAUGCCAAUGGCACCUUUGGGUGGUCCCCAGUCAAGUCCCUGCCCUACCCCGACCAUGCAAGGACACAGUCAAAGCACAGGACCCAAGCCUUGGUCUGAUGGUCAGGGUGGUGAGAAUCAAGCCAGCGCUCAGAAGCACCUCACUCCAGUCACCAGUGGACGUCCGUCCCCUGCACCACCUCAGGCCUCGGCUGUGCCACCUGGGCCCAUGCCAGGCGCUUCAGUGACCCCUCAGCCUCCCGGGCAGCAGGUGUCCCCCAUGCUCCAGAUGCAGAAACAGAACCGCGUCACACCAAUCCAGAAGCCCCAGGGCCUGGACCCAGUGGGGAUCCUGCAAGAAAGAGAGUACAGGUUGCAGGCUCGCAUUGCACAUCGAAUCCAGGAACUGGAAAGUUUGCCAGGCUCACUUCCCCCCGACCUGAGGACUAAAGCCACAGUGGAGCUCAAGGCACUGCGUCUACUUAACUUCCAGCGGCAGCUGAGACAGGACGUGGUGGCAUGCAUGAGGCGAGACACGACGCUGGAGACAGCCCUCAACUCCAAGGCUUACAGACGCAGCAAGCGGCAGACGCUGAGAGAGGCCCGCAUGACCGAGAAGCUAGAGAAACAGCAGAAGCUUGAGCAGGAGAAGAAGCGCAGACAAAAACAUCAGGAAUAUCUCAACAGUAUCCUUCAGCACGCUAAAGACUUCAAGGAGUAUCACCGCUCAGUGUCCGGGAAAAUGCAGAAACUCACCAGAGCUAUCGCCACCUGGCACACCAACACGGAGAGGGAACAGAAGAAGGAGACUGAGAGAAUUGAGAAGGAGAGGAUGAGGAGACUGAUGGCGGAAGAUGAGGAAGGUUACAGAAAACUCAUUGACCAAAAGAAAGACAAGCGUCUGGCCUAUUUGCUGCAGCAGACGGAUGAAUAUGUGGCCAACCUCACCACCCUGGUUCACGAACACAAAGCUGCCCAGGCUGCCAAGGAGAAGAAGAAGAGGAAGAAGAAAAAGAAGAGGGUGGAUGGAGAUGGCGAAGGCCCCAGUGCCAUUGGACCUGACGGAGAGCCCAUGGAUGAGAGCAGCCAAAUGAGCGAGCUGCCAGUCAAAGUGAUUCAGACAGAGACUGGCAAAGUUUUGCAGGGAACCGAUGCUCCCAAAUCCAGCCAGCUGGAGGCCUGGCUCGAGAUGAACCCUGGGUAUGAAGUCGCCCCACGGUCAGACAGCGAGGAGAGUGGCUCAGAGUUUGAGGAGGAGGAGGAAGAGGAAGGGGCCAAAGCAGAACCAGAGGAAAAGAAGAUAAUCGACGAUGAAGACGCAGUUCAGCAGGCGGACACCAAGCACAUUAUCGAGUCAGCAAAGCAGGACGUGGAUGAUGAGUACAGUGUUCCCACUGGACAAACCAGCUCCCAGUCCUACUAUGGUGUGGCCCAUGCUGUCAUUGAAAGGGUGGAGAAGCAGUCGUCGCUGCUGGUCAACGGCACACUCAAACAUUACCAGAUCCAGGGGCUGGAGUGGAUGGUGUCCCUUUACAACAACAAUCUGAAUGGCAUCCUGGCUGAUGAAAUGGGCCUCGGAAAAACCAUCCAAACCAUCGCCCUAAUCACCUACCUUAUGGAGCACAAGAGGAUCAACGGUCCCUUUCUCAUCAUUGUCCCUCUUUCGACUUUGUCUAACUGGGUCUAUGAACUUGACAAGUGGGCACCCUCUGUGGUCAAAAUUGCUUAUAAGGGCACCCCCGUGUUGCGGCGUGGGCUGGUGCCUCAACUCCGCAGUGGGAAGUUCAACGUCUUGCUGACCACCUAUGAGUACAUCAUCAAGGACAAGCACAUACUGGCGAAGAUUCGUUGGAAGUACAUGAUUGUGGACGAGGGUCACCGCAUGAAGAACCACCACUGUAAGCUGACCCAGGUGUUGAACACCCACUAUGUGGCUCCUCGCCGCCUCCUCCUCACCGGCACGCCACUGCAGAACAAGCUGCCCGAGCUGUGGGCGCUGCUCAACUUCCUCCUGCCCACCAUCUUUAAGAGCUGCACCACCUUCGAGCAGUGGUUCAACGCGCCGUUCGCCAUGACAGGAGAGAGGGUGGACCUGAAUGAGGAGGAGACCAUCCUGAUUAUCCGGCGUUUGCAUAAGGUGCUCCGCCCCUUCCUGCUACGCAGACUGAAGAAAGAGGUGGAGUCUCAGCUGCCAGAGAAGGUGGAGUACGUGGUGAAAUGUGACAUGUCUGCCAUACAGAAGGUUCUGUACCGCCACAUGCAGAAAGGCAUCCUCCUCACUGACGGCUCAGAGAAAGAUAAGAAGGGUAAAGGAGGAGCAAAGACCCUGAUGAACACCAUCAUGCAGCUGAAGAAGAUCUGCAACCAUCCCUACAUGUUCCAGCACAUCGAGGAAUCUUUUGCCGAGCACUUGGGCUUUCCUAACGGCUUCAUCAGUGGGCUUGAUCUGUAUCGAGCCUCUGGGAAGUUUGAGCUCCUGGAUCGAAUCCUGCCGAAGCUGCAGGCCACCAAUCACAGAGUCCUGCUGUUCUGCCAAAUGACCACUCUCAUGACAAUCAUGGAGGACUACUUCAGCUAUCGUAACUUUCAGUAUUUACGUCUUGACGGAACCACCAAAUCCGAGGACCGAGCAGCACUGCUGAAGAAAUUUAACGAGGAAGGAUCUCAGUACUUCAUCUUCCUGCUCAGUACCAGAGCUGGCGGCCUCGGCCUCAACCUGCAGGCUGCAGACACUGUCGUCAUCUUUGACAGUGACUGGAACCCACACCAGGACCUUCAGGCUCAGGACCGGGCUCACCGCAUCGGUCAGCAGAACGAAGUGCGUGUGCUUCGUCUCUGCACCGUCAACAGUGUGGAGGAGAAAAUCUUGGCAGCUGCCAAAUACAAACUCAACGUGGAUCAGAAGGUCAUCCAGGCGGGCAUGUUCGACCAGAAGUCGUCGAGUCACGAGCGUCGUGCCUUCCUCCAGGCCAUUUUAGAAACCGAGGAGCAGAAUGAGGAAGAAGAUGAGAUACCCGAUGAUGAAACUCUUAACCAGAUGAUAGCCCGCAAUGAGGAUGAAUUUGAGCUCUUUAUGCGUAUGGACAUGGACAGACGCCGGGAGGACGCCAGGAAUCCGAAGCGUAAGCCUCGUCUCAUGGAGGAGGACGAGCUGCCUUCUUGGAUCAUCAAAGACGAAGCUGAGGUCGAACGUCUCACAUAUGAAGAGGAGGAGGAGAAGAUGUUCGGACGGGGAUCACGCUGUCGUCGUGACGUGGACUACAGCGACACGCUGACUGAAAAACAGUGGCUGCGGGCUAUCGAGGAUGGAAACCUAGAGGAGAUGGAGGAAGAGAUCCGGCUGAAGAAGCGUAAACGCAAGAGACGUCAGGACAAGGACUCGUCAAGCAGAGACGACGGAGGCUCCAAGGCCAAGAAGAAACGCGGACGUCCACCAGCUGAGAAACUCUCCCCCAACCCCCCGAAACUCACCAAGCAAAUGAACACCAUCAUCGAUACGGUCAUCAACUACAGAGACGGGUCAGGAAGACAACUAAGCGAGGUGUUUGUUCAGUUACCAUCCAGGAAGGAGCUCCCCGAAUAUUACGAGCUGAUCAGAAAACCUGUGGACUUCAAAAAGAUCAAGGACCGUGUGAGAAGCCAUAAGUACAGAGGUGUGGGAGACUUGGAGAGGGACGUGAUGCUGCUUUGUCACAACGCCCAGACCUUCAACCUGGAGGGAUCCCAGAUAUACGAGGACUCCAUCGUCCUUCAGUCUGUCUUCAAGAGUGCCAGACAGAAGAUUGCAAAGGAUGAAGAGAGUGAAGAUGACAGCGAUGAGGAUGACGAGGACGAGGACGAGUCAGAGGCCGAGGCCAAGUCUGUGCGGGUUAAGAUCAAGCUGAGUAAAGAGGCGCGCAGUCAGGACAAAGGCAAGAAGAGGCAAAGCCGGGGGAAGGCCAAGCCGGUUGUCAGUGACGACGACAGCGACGAUGACCUGGAUGACAAUGAUCAGUCGGACAAGAGCGACGACGAGUGAGGACAGGACGAUAUCAACUCUAGCACUUACAACAAAAAGGACAAUAUCUUCCAUCACCGUUGUUCAGGUUCAUUUUCUGUAUUUUUUAUUUUUACUUCAUUUGUCCUCUAUGUCUGUUUUUAGUGUGUAUUGUCGCACCUUCUCCUACCAGCUUGGAAAUGUAUUACUAAUAAUCAAUAAGCUACAGCAAUACCAAUCUGCUUAUAUUCCUGUUUUUAAGACAAAUUUUUAGUAUAUUUUUUAACUCUGUGCUUUAAAAGACGAUUUAAAUUCUGUAUGAAAAAAAGGAAGAAAAAAGAUUUGGUCACGCUACACGCGCUUUUGCUUGAUUUGUACUCGCUUGCUUGCACUUUUAGAAAAUUAAAUACUGACAUCAAAAUAACAAUAAAAAAAUAAAGUAAUAAAAACAAAUAUAUAUGUAUAGCCAAGGAAAUCCAAGUUGGAGAGCCAGUGGUGUUUUGAAAAGAAAAGGCAAUCAAGUUUUUAAUUUUCUGGAUUCAUAGUUUCACCUCGUGCAGUGCCAAAUGUUAGAGAUCGUUUGCUAAGCCCCUCCCCCCGACCAGCGGUUAACCAAUCAUUGCCUAGCAACCGUAACUAGAGAUGCUAAGAGUUUGGAGGAUGGUGCCUUUCCAAAACCAACAUAAGAGAGCAAAAAACACCACAAUAAACAUGAAAACAUACAGUUUAAAAGUUUGUAAACGAAGGGUCGACUGAUGGUGUUUUUUCAGGGCCGAUACUGAUACCGAUUAUUAGUUCUUGAUGAGAGCAGAAACCAAUAUUUGGAGCUGAUAUACAUUUAUGUCUGUAAUCGCCAAAUGUGAACCAAGCAUUCAAACAGGUUAAGAUUAGAACAGAAUAAUCUCUGUAAACAGAUAUCUGCAUAUGUAUGCAUCAUCACUCACAGAGUUCAGUCCGAGCAGUGCUGACCAAUCAAAUUUGAGCAGACUUUGGUUUCUAGUCCACGUGGAACGCAAAGCAUUGUCCGAAAUGGACCUGGGAGCCCAUCAGCUGUCGUCUGACGAUAUCACCUGUUACAUGUUCUCAUUUAUCUGCACUCAUAUGCAGAUAUCUGUUUACAGACAUGAGCCGAAAUAUCAUUCAGGCGUUUCUCAGGCUGCUAAUCAAACUGUAAACUGUGAUUAGUGCACGAGAGGAAGGCUCGAAAAUCUGCUGACUACACUGGAAGAGAAAAGAAUAACAGUCUGAAUAUUACAUUUUUCCAUAUCGUGCUUGUAAAACUUUGAAGACUGUUUCGCUGUCUAGUGCUACAAAACAGUGAAGUUUCUUUAUUUCUAUGUUUUCUGUCGACCGUUAGCCGGUGACGAUGCUAACAUUUUUGCCUUAGACAUUUUAGCCUCAGCUUGUCUUUUAGCAUGUUAUCACUCUAAGUGCAUAUGUAAGACUCCUUUUAUAAGAGUCUCAGUUUCAAACAAGUCAGCUGGAAACCUUUUUUUUGUUUUAGCCAACUUGCAAAACUUAAUCGUGACUUUAAUUAGCUCGCUAUACCUACAGCUGAUCAAAUCUGCCAGCGUCAGUAGCCAUUUCAGCUAAAUUGACGGUCACCAGCUAGAAAUGAGAAGUACCUCUUUUGCAUAAUGUAAAAUUUUUACAUAUCUUUUGUUAUUUUUUUUAAAAAUGCCAAGAAUUUUGACAUUAAAAGUGCCACCUUUUUCAUUAAAAACUACAAGAAUAGCAACAGCUGUAACUACGAGGGGCUAAGUGGACACUCGAUUAUGAAUUAUCAUGAAGCAUUUCUUAAGUCUGUUCAGCCAUUAAGUGCUUAUCAAAAGAUUCUUGUGGAAAAUAAAUUUGCUAAAAACAUUUUUAAGUCAACUAGAAAGUUUUUUCAGCCAACUCACAUGGCUGAAGUCAACUAAAUUAGCUAGCUGAUAAAAUCUGCCAGUGACUGCGAUUAUUUCAACAAAAUUAACAAAUAAGAAACCACAACCCAUUUGUUUGUUUACCUUCAUCUGAAAUAUGGAAGCUAAUUAUUAAAAACGCGCUUACAUUUUUUCAGUAAAUCUGACAUUUUUAUUAAAAAAAAGAAUAGAAAGCUCUACAGACAAAGCAACUUUAGCUACGAGGGGCGGGGCUUAGCGAACACUUUUUAGAGUGAACUAUUUCUUAAAUCUAUAUUUAAUAAAAAUUUUAGCCAACACAACAAAAUGUCACUUGUUGCUUGACAAGUUCAAUAUUAUUUUGAGGUGGCCAUUAAUGCUGAAUGCUUUUUUUUUUUUUAAUGUUUUCAUGAAAAAGAAUUGUAACCUUACAUUACGUAGGCGGCACAUUAUUUAGGUAAGUCCACGUGUUUCAUGUACCCUUUUCCUCUGAUGCUUUCAGGUUGUGUCAGAGUAGAAGUUUUUGACUUUGUUGUGAUGAUUUUGAAAGGUCUUGUUUUGUUGAGUUAAACCAGCAUCUGUCAUAGCUAAAUGUAGCUUUUAAAGCGUUUGGAAAACAUGUCGCAAACAGACUGUAAAGAGCAAAGUCUUAGCUGGAUUUAUACGGACUUUUAAAGACUUUAAAUGACGGAAAAUACACAAAACAGUAUUACAAAUUUUGAUUUGAAUGACACAGUGAAUAUAACAGUAUAUUUUGAUUUAUUUGGAUUGAAGUGUUUGUGUUCCUGUGUUAGUUUUGAGCCCUCAUUUUAUCGGUUUAAGUAUGUUGUUUGUAGCAUGAAAUCUUUUGGCAAUAUACUGUGUACAUGCAGAUAUACAUCAUUUUUUGUUUGUGUAACAUGUGCUUGCCGACUCUCCAUAAGUGUGACUUAAUCUUUGCUUUCUUUGCACAGUGUCUUUGUGGUUGUAUCUCAUAGCCCAGGGCAAAUAAAAUCUCACCGAUUUUCAGCACAAAAAAAAA